ACAAUAACUACAACUGAAGCCCCUAUGACAACCACAACACCUACUAUGGCCAUUACAACAGCAGCACCCAUAACAAGAACUGUAGCUCCUAUGAUCAAUACAACUGUAGCUCCAAGUACAACUGUAGCUCCUACCACCACAACUACACCACCUACUUCAACAACUACAACUGAAGCUCCUACGAUAACCACAACUGCAGCACCUGCUACGACAACUACAACUGAAGCUGCUACGACAACCACAACUUCAGUGCCUACUACGACAACUACAACACCUACUACAACACCUACUACGACAACUACAACACCUACUACGACAACUACAACACCUACUAUGACAACCACAACUGUAGCUCCUACGACAUCAUCUGUAGCUCCUUUGACCACUACAACUGCAGCACCUACUUCAACAACCACUGCAGCUCUUACAACCACUACAUCAGCAGCACCUACUUCGACAACUACAAAUGCAGUUCCUACAACAACGACAACUGAAGCUCCUACGACAACCACAACUGCAGCUCCAACUACAAUAUCUGUAGCUCCUACGUCCACUACAACAGCAGGAUCUACUACAACAACUACAAAUGCAGCUCCUACGACAACCACAACUGCAGCUCUUACUACAACUUUAGAUCCCACGACCAUUACAACAGAAGCACCCACGACGACCAUUACAAACACAGCUCCUACGACAACCGCAACUGAUACUCCUACUAAAACUUUAGAUACUACGACCACUACAACAGCAGCACCUACAACGACAACUGUAGCUCCUACGACAACCACAACUGUAGCUCCAAGUACAACUGUUGCUCCUACCACCACAACUACACCACCUACUUCAACAACUACAACUGAAGCUCCUACGAUAACCACAACUGCAGCACCUGCUACGACAACUACAACUGAAGCUGCUACGACAACCACAACUUCAGUGCCUACUACGACAACUACAACACCUACUACGACAACACCUACUACGACAACCACAACUGUAGCUCCUACGACACCAUCUGUAGCUCCUAUGACCACUACAACUGCAGCACCUACUUCAACAACCACUGCAGCUCUUACAACCACUACAUCAGCAGCACCUACUUCGACAACUACAAAUGCAGUUCCUACAACAACGACAACUGAAGCUCCUAUGACAACCACAACGGCAGCUCUAACUACAACAUCUGUAGCUCCUACGACCACAACAGCAGCAUCUACUACAACAAAUACAAAUGCAGCUCCUACGACAACCACAACUGCAGCUCCUACUACAGCUUUAGAUCCCACGACCAUUACAACAGAAGCACCCACUACGACCACUACAAACGCAGCUACUACGACAACCUCAACUGAUACUCCUACUACAACUUUAGAUACUACGACCACUACAACAGCAGCACCUACAACGACAACUGUAGCUCCUACGACAACCACAACUGUAGCUCCAAGUACAACUGUAGCUCCUACCACCACAACUACACCACCUACUUCGACAACCGUAGCAACUACGACCACAACUACACCACCUACUUCGACAACCGCUGCAUCUGCUAAAAUAACUACAACUGAUGCUCCUACAACACCAUCUGUAGCUCUUACAACCACUACAACUGCAGCACCUACUUCAACAACUACAACUGAAGCUCCUACGAUAACCACAACUGCAGCACCUGCUACAAAAACUACAACUGAAGCUGCUAUGACAACCACAACUUCAGCGCCUACUACGACAACUACAACACCUACUACGACACCUACUACGACAACCACAACUGAAGCUCCUACGACAUCAUCUGUAGCUCCUAUGACCACUACAACUGCAGCACCUACUUCAACAACCACUGCAGCUCUUACAACAACUACAUCAGCAGUUCCUACAACAACGACAACUGAAGCUCCUACGACAACCACAACUGCAGCUCCAACUACAACAUCUGUAGCUCCUACAACCACUACAACAGCAGCACCUACUACAACAACUACAAAUGCAGCUCCUACGACAACCACAUCUGCAGCUCCUACUACAACUUUAGAUCCCACGACCAUUACAACAGAAGCACCCACGACGACCAUUACAAACGCAGCUCCUACGACAACCGCAACUGAUACUCCUACUACAACUUUAGAUACUACGACCACUACAACAGCAGCACCUACAACGACAACCACAACAGCAGCACCUACAACAACAACUGUAGCUUUUACGACAACAAAUAUGUCCCCAACCACUACAACGUCAGCAGCUACAGCGAAAAUCACUUCAGCUCCUACUACAACAACUGUAGCUCUUACAACCACUACGACUGCAGCACAUACUACAACAACUACAACUGAAGCGCCUAUGAUAACCACAACUGCAGCACCUACUACGACAAUUAUAACUGAAGCUGCUACGACAACCACAAUUGCAGCACCUAUUACGACAACUGCAGCACCUACUACGACAACUGCAGCACCUACUACGACAACCACACCACCUACUACGACAACCACAACACCUACUACGACAACCACAACACCUACUACGACAACCACAACUGUAGCUCCUACGACAACCACAACUGUAGCUCCAAGUGCAACAACUGUAGCUCCUACGACCACAACUACACCACCUACUUCGACAACCGCUGCAGCAUCUGCUAAAAUAACUGCAACUGACGCUCCUACACCAUAUGUAGCUCUUACAACCACUACAACUGCAGCACCUACUUUAACAACUACAACUGAAGCUCCUACGAUAACCACAACUGCAGCACCUGCUACGACAACUACAACUGAAGCUGCUACGACAACCACAACUGCAGCACCUACAACAACAACUGUAGCUUCUAUGACAACAAAUAUAUCCCCAACCACUACAACGUCAGCAGCUACUGAAAAAAUCACUUCAGCUCCUACUACAACAACUGUAGCUCUUACAACCACUACGACUGCAACACAUUCUACAACUACAACUAAAGCUACUACGACAACCACAACUGCAGCACCUACUACGACAACGACAACUGCAGCACCUACUACGACAAUGACAAAUGCAGUUCCUAUGACAACCACAACUGCAGCUCCUACUACAACAACUUUAGAUCGUACGACCACAACAACAGAAGCACCUACAACGACAACUGAAGGUCCUACGAUAACCACAACAACAUCUGUAGCUCCUUCGCCAACAACUGUAGCUCCUACGACCACUACAACUGCAUCAUCUACUUUGACAACCACUGCAGCACCUGCUACAAUAACUACAACUGAAGCCCCUAUGACAACCACAACACCUACUAUGGCCAUUACAACAGCAGCACCCAUAACAAGAACUGUAGCUCCUAUGAUCAAUACAACUUCAGCACCUACUUCGACAACCACUGCAGCACCUGCUACAAUAACUACAACUGCAGCUCUUACAACAACCACAACUGCAGCUAAAGCUACAACCAUAACUGCACCUCCUACUAUAACAUUUUUAGCUCUUAUGACCCCUACAUCAGCCGCACCUACAAUGAAAUCUGUUGCUCCUACAGCAACUGUUGCGGCUACAACCACUACAUCUACCAUACCUACAACAACAACUAAAGCUCUUACUCCAAUAACUGUAGCUCCUUCAACCAGCACCACAAAAGCUGCUAUGACAAUCAAUUCAGCUCUUACUAAAACAACCAUUGGUCCUACCACCCCUACAACUGCAGCAUCUACUACGACAACAACUACAGCUCUUAGAACAACCACAAUUGCAGCUACUAUGAUAACUGCAGCUCCUACAAGUGCAACUGCAGCUCCUACAGCUGCAACUCUUACAACUGCAUCUGCAGCUCCUACAACUGCAGAUGAUAAUGCUGCAUUAAUUAAAACAGCUGUAGCUCCUACAACCACUACAAUGGCAGGUCCUUCAACAACCACAACUCCAUCUCCUUCGACAACCACAACGAAAGCUGCUACAACAACCACAAAUAUAGCUGCUACAACCACCACAACAGCAGCACCCACAACGACAACUGUAGAAGCUACCACACCACCUCCUACUCUUUUGCUGACCACUCCUUUCAAUACCACAAGUGGAGGUUUUCCUGGCUGGGCUCUGGCCAUUAUCAUCCCUUGUGGCAUCGCUAUCAUUCUGGUACCCCUGUGGAUCCUGCUAUGUUGCAUUUUAUGUGGCGGAUGUGCAGCUAUAAGGAGACGCUGGCACAGACGCAGAUCUUACAAUGUACAGUACAGCAGAAGAAACGGUCUCUUCUGAGGUGACAACGCUAACAUCUCUGACCAAUUGUAAUCACAAGAACAGCCAAUCAUCUAUAUCUGCUAAUCAUGGCACUUUAAUGCAUGGAAAAAUUACUUGACUACACGGCAUUGCAUCUGAGAAGAUCAAGUGAAAAUGUAUAAUAGGCUUAAAAGGCCACAUGUUUUUUGUGCAAUGUACUACUUUAUAUAUUAUGCAUCUGAAUGUUAAUCAAAGUUACAGCUGAGCUGAACAUAGUAUGUUAAUAUAUUUAUUAGUUAUGUCAUUUGUGGUUUCAAGCUGUGCUGUCCACUUACUAAAACAGUUAUCAUUUAUUUAUUUCAUGUAUAAUAAGCUUCAUUCCAAUAUUUAUUUUUUGUUUGUUAUUUCCUCUCUUGAUUAACUAUGAACUAAUUUAUUUUAAACUUCAAUACAGUACAUGUUUCUUCAACUUAUAGUUUGACAAAUGUAAUGAAAAUACAAACCAGUAUUAUGAUCAAAUUUUAUGUAAAGGUUUGACUGCAGGGUGAUUAUAGACAGCACAUGUACACAUCAAAAGUAGUCAAAAUUGUCCGACCUGGCACCUUAAUCUAUGCAAAACUUAUUAAAGACCAAGUUCAGUC